AAUGUAUAGUCACACACUCUGUCCUGUCAGUCUCCCUUUCCCAGCACUCCUACCACAAGGCGUGCCUUGCAAAGGACUUUGUCAGAUGAGAGUAUUUACAGUGGUCAGAGGGACCACUUCUUCACCUCGCGGGCCUCGCUCUUGGACCAAGCCAUGCCAAAUGAUGUCCUGUUCACCAGCACAUACCCUUCUCUACCAAAGUCACUGCCAUUACGGAGACCAUCAUAUACUUUGGGAAUGAAAUCACUACAUGGAGAGUUUUCUGCUUCGGACAGCUCCCUCACAGAUAUCCAGGAGCAAAGACGGCAGCCCAUGCCAGACCCUGGUCUUAUGCCAUUGCCUGAUUCUGCUUCUGAUCUGGACUGGUCAAACUUAGUAGAUGCUGCCAAAGCCUUUGAAGUUCAGCGAGCUUCAUUCUUUGCUGCUGCUGAUGAAAAUCACAGACCUGUGAGCGCUGCCUCCAGUAGUGAUCAGGCUGAGGACCAGCUUACUGCACAGAUCAAGCCUUAUACAGGUAAAGAAUCUCCUCCAACUCUCGCCUCUAAAGUGGACCAAUUGGAAGGUUUGCUGAAGAUGUUGCAAGAGGAUUUAAGGAAGGAAAAAGAGGACAAGGCCAGUCUUCAGGCUGAAGUGCAACAUUUGCGGGAAGACAACUUGAGGUUACAGGAGGAAUCCCAGAAUGCAACCGAGAAACUGAAGAAGUUCACUGAAUGGGUUUUCAACACAAUUGAUAUGAACUGAGAACAGCAUAUGGGGAAGGAAACUAUCUGUUAUGAAUAUUAUUACUGGGACUUAAGCUUUAAUGCCACCUUAAUCAUGACAUGUGAAAGUAUAGUCAGAGCACUUCCCUGUCCUUCAUCCUCCAAUAACCCUUUUUUGCAUCUCUGCGCGCACUCGGAACAAUUGCAGAUCAACAAUCAAUGUCUGCCUUUUGUAGAAAAAAAAGUAAAUAAUUUUAAAAAGGUAAAAUAAAAGUUUAACUGCUAAAA